GCCGAGCGCGCGCCGGGUCCACCAGCUGCGCCGUCCGAGAAGCGCGGGCCGGAGCCGGGAGCCGGAGCCGGGCUGCUGGGAAGGGCGCGCGGCCGGAGCAGAGCAGGGCGGAGCGCGGGCGCUAUGAUGUCGACCUACAAGCGAGCCACGCUGGACGAGGAGGACCUGGUGGACUCACUCUCCGAGGGCGACGUGUACCCCAAUGGCCUGCAGGUGAACUUCCACAGCCCCCGGAAGGGGAACAGCCAGAGGUGCUGGGCUGCCCGGACCCAGGUGGAGAAGCGGUUGGUGGUGCUGGUGGUGCUUCUGGCGGUGGGGCUGGUGGCCUGCUUGGCAGCACUGGGCGUCCAGUACCAGACAAGAGCCCCCUCAGUAUGCCUAAGCGAGGCCUGCGUCUCAGUGACCAGCUCCAUCUUGAGCUCCAUGGACCCCACGGUGAACCCCUGCCAAGACUUUUUCACCUAUGCCUGUGGUGGCUGGAUCAAAGCCAAUCCCGUGCCAGAUGGCCACUCGCGCUGGGGGACCUUCAGCAACCUCUGGGAACACAACCAAGCCAUCAUCAAGCACCUUCUUGAGAAUUCCACAGCCAGCGUGAGUGAGGCAGAGAGGAAGGCCCAAGUAUACUACCGUGCGUGUAUGAACGAAACCAGGAUCGAGGAGCUCAAGGCCAAGCCCCUGAUGGAACUGAUUGAAAAGCUUGGGGGCUGGAACAUCACAGGUCCCUGGGACAAGGACAACUUCCAGGACACUCUGCAGGUGGUCACUGCCCACUACCGCACCUCUCCCUUCUUCUCUGUCUAUGUCAGUGCUGACUCCAAGAACUCCAACAGCAACGUGAUCCAGGUGGACCAGUCAGGCCUGGGCUUACCCUCAAGAGACUAUUACCUGAACAAAACCGAAAACGAGAAGGUGCUGACCGGAUACCUGAACUACAUGGUCCAGCUGGGGAAGCUGCUGGGCGGGGGGGAUGAGGACAGAAUCCGGCCGCAGAUGCAGCAGAUCCUGGCCUUUGAGACAGCACUGGCCAACAUCACCAUCCCCCAGGAGAAGCGCCGGGACGAGGAACUCAUCUACCACAAAGUAACGGCCGCCCAGCUACAGUCCUUAGCACCCGCCAUCAAUUGGCUGCCCUUUCUCAACACCAUCUUCUACCCUGUGGAGAUCAAUGAAUCCGAGCCUAUUGUGGUCUAUGACAAAGAGUACCUUGAGCAGGUCUCCACCCUCAUCAACAACACAGACAAAUGCCUGCUGAACAACUACAUGGUCUGGAACCUGGUGAGGAAAACAAGCUCCUUCCUUGACCAGCGCUUUCAAGAUGCUGAUGAGAAGUUCAUGGAAGUCAUGUAUGGAACCAAGAAGACCUGUCUUCCUCGCUGGAAGUUUUGCGUGAGUGACACAGAAAACAACCUGGGCUUUGCACUGGGCCCCAUGUUUGUCAAAGCGACCUUCGCCGAGGACAGCAAAAACAUAGCCAGCGAGAUCAUCUUGGAGAUCAAGAAGGCAUUUGAGGAAAGCCUGAGCACGCUGAAGUGGAUGGAUGAAGACACUCGGAAGUCAGCCAAGGAAAAGGCGGAUGCAAUCUACAACAUGAUAGGCUACCCCAACUUCAUCAUGGACCCCAAGGAGCUGGACAAAGUGUUCAAUGAUUACACUGCAGUCCCGGACCUCUACUUUGAGAAUGCCAUGCGGUUUUUCAACUUCUCAUGGAGGGUUACUGCCGACCAGCUCAGGAAAGCUCCCAACCGAGAUCAGUGGAGCAUGACCCCACCCAUGGUGAAUGCUUACUACUCGCCCACCAAGAAUGAGAUCGUGUUUCCGGCUGGGAUCCUACAGGCACCCUUCUACACCCGCUCCUCACCCAAAGCCUUGAACUUUGGUGGCAUCGGUGUCGUCGUGGGCCACGAGCUGACUCAUGCGUUCGACGAUCAAGGACGGGAAUAUGACAAGGACGGGAACCUCCGGCCCUGGUGGAAGAACUCGUCGGUGGAGGCGUUCAAGCAGCAGACGGAGUGCAUGGUGGGGCAGUACAGCAACUACAGUGUGAAUGGGGAGCCGGUGAAUGGCCGGCACACCCUCGGCGAGAACAUCGCCGACAACGGGGGCCUCAAGGCCGCCUACCGGGCUUACCAGAACUGGGUGAAGAAGAAUGGGGCUGAGCAGACCUUACCCACUCUGGGGCUCACCAAUAACCAGCUCUUCUUCCUGGGGUUUGCGCAGGUCUGGUGCUCUGUCCGUACACCUGAGAGCUCCCACGAAGGCCUCAUCACGGACCCCCACAGCCCCUCCCGCUUCCGGGUCAUCGGCUCCGUCUCCAACUCCAAGGAGUUCUCAGAACACUUCCACUGCCCACCUGGCUCACCCAUGAACCCUCACCACAAAUGUGAAGUCUGGUAAGGGGCGAAGUGCAGAGCGCCAAGAAGGAGGAGCGGGAGGGGCUGAGGACAAGCCCCAGGGUGGAGCCAGCACAUCUACAAGCCUGCCCCCUCCAUCGUGGUUUAGGACACCGCCAGGCCCCCUCGGCCACUCCAGUGCCUUCCCGACUGGAGGGUUUUCAGCUGGAACCAAGCCUGUGAUGUGGUUCUCAACCUAAUCUGAGAUUUGAUCCCCUGUGAAAGCCCUGUCACCCCAGGCAUACCUGCACCAACUCCAAUGGGCAUUUGGGGAGUCAGGCUGGUUGCUCCCCAGGCCUGGGCCCCAAGCCAACAAGGGCAGUGGGACACAGUCCCCAGCCCCCAGCCAGUACCAGAUAUACCACAAACACCACUGUGUUAAAUGCUUUAAAGAUAUAUUUUUGGGGAAACUAUUUUUUAAUCAUUGUGGAAUACACUGGAAACCUUCAGGGAAAAAAAAAAAGCGUUUAAAACUUUUUUUUUUAAAGAAAGGAUUGGUCUAUUUAUUAUGUUCAGUUUUUCUAAAUAGCCUAUGGAUGGGAGAAGCACCACUGAUUCCGCCCCCCUUCCUCACUCACUGCGAGUGAGGCAGUGAUCCCUAGGCCCCUGAACAGGUUGCCAAAGCAGAGAGCUGCCUCAGCCCUCGGGGUUUGCAAUUUUGGCUGCAGUCACCUGGGGCAGGUCACCUGGGGCAGGGCAGAGAGAGGAGAGGAAAGGCCCCACAGAGGGGAGGAACCAUCUCUGGGAGGUGGGAGGCCCAGCUCCUUGGCAUCGCCCCCACAGCUUGCCUGCUCCUGUCCCCAGAGUCUAACAGUGGGCACCCCAGCAAGGCAGGUCUGAGCCCCGACUUGGCAGCAGGGAUGGCUAAGGCAGAACGAGGCCAUGUCAGGGCCCUCCAGCCAAGCCUGGGGUACCCCAGCAGCCUGGAUCCGGACUCCAGGAGCCCUUGAGGCUGAAUCCCCAUCAGAUGUACACUGCUGGGCCAUAGAUACCUUCUUUCCGUUCCUCUCUUGUGGCUGCCCUGUGUCUGUCCCAGCGGCUGUUGCCUGUCCUCAGCAACCCUCACGUCCUGGCCACUUUGGCUCUCCUUGCCAGGGGAAGGAGAAAAGAGAAAAUGGCCCUUGUCUCCCACAGGGCCCAAAUUCUCCCUUUGAGCUCCAUUCCCUGCCCAUUGGUCUGGGGCCUGGCUCCCAGGACUGUAGCCAGCCCAGCCUCCAUUCUUAGUGCCUUAUCUGAGGCUAUGGUCCCAGGGCCACUUACCCCAGGAAAUGGCCUCCCUCCCCCAGAGGACCCUAGCCCUGCUCAGUGCAGCCCCCAAGUGUCCUGAUAAAACACAAGGCCAUACCCUCUACUCCCUGUGCCUGCAGAGUUCCACCACCUCACACCAGCCAAGAAGCUCUGGCCUGUGGGUCAGCAGCCCUGGAGGCCAGGAGUCUGAGGAAGUGCUGAGCUUGCCCUGGGCUCCAGCCCACCCUCGGCCUCUUGGGUUAAGUCCAGACAGCACUUGUAGCUAGAUGAACUCUCUCCUUUGGGUGAUGCUUUUAGCCAUGGGAGGCUAUGAGGGGAAGGCUCCUCCAUCCCAGUCUGGCCUGUGGGGUCAGGGGGCUGGGAAUGUCCUCCCCUGCCUGAGCCCACAGCUUCUCUGCACAGGAGGCUCAGGGGCUCCCCUGGGUGGACCACCACUCCGGUCCUCUGGAGAAGCACCUGGGGCUGAGGCAGGAGCUUGAGUGGACGCUGAGGCUCGCCCAUCUCCCAGCAGCCUAGACCACCUGGCCACACUUCUGCUCCCACAGGGCAUUCCCCUUGCCCAGGAAGCCAGUGAUGGCCUUGUCUACCUUCAGGACAGCCUUACUCUGGAGGAGGCCCUUAGCCCCCAAAGCAGCAGACCUGGGGGCUUCUCAGAGGAAGUGUAGAACAGGAGCCAAAGAAGGAGCUAGAGCCAGGAGCCUGCUGUAUGCACCUCUCCACAUAGAAAUAGGGCUCCCCCAGCCUGGUAUCCUCACUGCACCCCCUGCCCCCACUUCCUUCCUUCCCCAUGAGGGUCACAGUCCUCAGAGAUGUCAUACCUCCCAGCCAGAAGCAAAUGUCCUAGGCUGGGGUCCCGCCAGAGGCAGUGUAGGGUUGCACUCACUGUUCAGGAUGUGCGGAGCGACGGGAGGUUGGGGGGAGGAAAGGGCUCAGCCCAGCAGAACGGACACAAAGGAAGUCCCCCCCAUGCCAGUUCCCCCUCCAGAGCUUUGAAAAAUGUGAGGAUGAGAUGGGCAGUGCCCUCAGAGAGGCCUCCCCUUAGACCGGAGGAGUCAGAGGGUGGGCCUCUCUGGAGGUACAUGGGUGUGGGGCUUGGAGCUGGGAAUCUAUUUUUUUGUAUUAUUAUGUUUUGUGCUACUGUAGUUUGGGUGUGGCACUCUUGUAAUUGGAAUAAAGUACUCAUACUUAG